GCCAGAACCGCCCCAAAUUGGGGUAUAAAGAGAUUUAUUUAUUUUUCGUUCAAAUGUAUCAAUUUGAAUUGCCGCAUAUUUUAAGGGCAUAAUUGAUUAAUAAUAAAUAGGCCCCUUACUGUAAAAUGGAGCUGUCCCAGGAAUCCACUGUGGGUUAUCUGACACUGGCUACUUUUUAACUCUUCCGCUGCCUGAUCAUAGUUACUUUGAAAGUUUGUAAAAGUUUUCCAGUGAGUGAUCUGGGCUCCUCCCUCCUACGGUUCCCAGCUCAGUAAGCUUUAUAGCCAGUGUGCUAAGUGAAGCUGUUCCUACUUGCCUGGGACCUGAAUUCCAGGAGCUUCCUCUCCAGGGUUCUCCGUCCUCUGAGCGGGGCCACUCACGGUCAGACACUCCCAGCAGGAGAUGAAGAUGGAGAGUCACAAGGAAUCAUCAGAUGAAUCUAGCAAGAGAUAUACACCAGAGAGAUGUCCCAGACCACCCAGGCUCUAUUACUCCCAGGACUGCACAGAGGAUGGUCAGAGUACCCCACAGGAGUAUCAGAGUCUACUUAAGAUCAGAUAUGCCCAACGGGAAGUAAAGGUGGAGGAUUGCCAGGCAUCAUCACCGGACGAAUCUAGCAGGAGAAAUACACCAGAGAGAUGUCCCAGACCACCCAGGCUCUAUUACUCCCAGGACUGCACAGAGGAUGGUCAGAGUACCCCACAGGAGUAUCAGAGGCUACUUAAGAUCAGAUAUGCCCAACGGGAAGUAAAGGUGGAGGAUCGCCAGGCAUCAUCACCGGAUGUAUCCAAUAACGUCAAUACCCCGGAGAGAUCUCCAAGACCGUCCAGUCCCCAUCAUUCACAGGACCAGACAGAGGAACCUCAGAGCACCCCGCAGGAUGAUGACGAGCUGCUCCGGGUCAGACUCGCUCAUCUGAAGCAGGAGAUAAAGGUGGAGGAAACAUCAGAUGGCUCCAGCAGCAGUCCCCAUUACUCACAGGACUCUACAGAGGAAGACCAGAGCACCCCGCCGGAUGAUCAGGCAGAGUCUUCUAAAUGCGGGACAGAUGACGCUAUGACUCAGACGGAAGGACUGCAGGUGAUCUAUGUGAACGCUGACCAGCAUAUAAAGGAGGAGGAGAUCCCUGUAGAGAUAGACACAGGUUACCAAGAACAGAAUAAUUUUCACCAAGGUGCCAUACUCCCGGCAACAGCAUCCACAGCCCGAAGCUGCGAGAUAGACGAAUACGGGCAGCUGGUGACCCCCGGGAAGCAGUUCAUCUGCACUGAGUGCGGGAAAGGCUUCAGCCUCUACUCCUAUCUCACAAAGCACCAGCGCUCCCACUCGGGGGAGAAGCCGUAUACCUGCACCAUAUGCAACAAGUGUUUCGCCUACAAGCCAAGUCUCGUUACUCACCAGAGGGUCCAUACUGGGGAAAAGCCCUUUUCCUGCUCCCAGUGCGGGAAACUGUUUGUCAGUAAAUUCAAUCUGAAAGCGCACGAGAAGGUCCACACGGGGGAGAAGCCGGUGCAAUGUCCGGCCUGCGGGAGGUGCUUCAGCAACAACCCGGCUCUCGUCAAGCAUCUGAGAAUUCACACAGGCGAAAAACCGUUCUCCUGUACCGACUGCGGGAAAGUCUUUUCUAGUAGGUCCUGCCUUAACGCACAUGUGGUGCUGCACACGGGAGAGCGACCGUAUAUGUGCGCUGAGUGCGGGAAAUCCUUCGCCAACCAAUCCAAUCUAAUUUCACACAGGAUAAUCCACACCGGAGAGAAGCCCUACGUCUGCCCGGAGUGCGGCAAGGGUUUCGCCAACCAGUCCAAUCUCGCCAAACACAAAUUAACGCACACAGAGUAUAAGCCCUUCGUCUGCAUUGAGUGCGGCAAUGUUUUCUCCAGGAAGGACGGCCUGGCAAAGCAUUAUGAAAGAAUUCAUAAAAAGAAACUAGAAUUUUGAAACUCAUUGUACUUAACAUGACUUGCUGCAGAAUGAGACCAGAGAGAUUCUGAUCUAUGGGAAACACAUCGGGGGUCAGUUCAAGUACCAAUGAUUCCCUUUGUGGUGCGAAUAAGGCUGGGUAUACACUAUAGGAUAUAUUGUCCGAUGUAUUGCUCCGAAGUGGAUGAGCCGUAUCGUCUAGAGUGUGUGGCCAACCGAUAUAUUGGUCGUGCAUCGGCUGGGGUACACGUCGUUCUAAUGUGUUCCCAGCCUUUGCGUGGCUAUAUGCUGCACUUACGGUACCUCUGGACUUGCAGAUUUCAUGGGGCUGUGUACGUAAAUCGCUGGGUCCAGGGCGAGAUUGGGCAACGAUUUGCGGUGCUGUUGGGCGGUGUUUCCACGCCGAUACAUGACCAACUCGCCCUCUUCGUGGCCAAUUGAAUCCACCCCAUUUUCUAUUCAUGUGGGAAAUAAUAUGACACUGGUGUUAGUUUGUGGCAUUUUAGAUUUUGUACAUCAACAAAAGGCUAAGAUCAUACUACAGUAGAUAUUGGCAAGGACGUCCCCCAUAUUGAAGGCUAUAACAGCAUGAUUGUCACCAUAAAGUGUGGUUCAGUAAAGCAUUGUUUCUCUGACGUCCUAGUGGAUGCUGGGACUCCGUCAGGACCAUGGGGGAUAGCGGCUCCGCAGGAGAC